CAGAUGGGUGUUGAUUAAAAACAAAUGAACAUUGAUUGUUGAAUGUUUAUGAGAUAAAAGAAGUUUUAUUUAUCCCCCUUAAGAUCAUGGUUCUGUGCGGAAUUUGGUCUUUGGUCUUUUUUUUAGGUGGGUUUUCUUUAAGAUGAUUAAAUUCUUUCCUUUUUUUUUUUUUUAAUAACAUUAGUUUUACAUGAUAAAUGGUGGUGAUUCUAAUGGGGUAUGCCAAAAACACUUUUGAAAUUGGAGUUAGUUUGGUAUAGAAGGUGAUGAACCUUUUCAGAGCUGCUUUCUGUUUUCUCUUUCAGUAAAUGGGUUUUUGUUGUGUUCAAUAACCCAAGUGGACUUAUCAGAUUGAAACAUAUGGCGUUCAGUUUCAGUGCUGGGAAUUUUGGGUCAUAUCAUGUUCUGACUAGGGAAAAAAAAAGAUAAAAGGAUCUGAUUAGGGAAAAAGUGCUCGGGUUUUUAUUAGCUUUAGGAUCAUAUUGGUUUCAUGAGGCACUACUGGAAGAGGUGAACGAAUCAGCUGUUUGACUGGGGAUAAGUAUACUGCAAAAAUAAAGUUGCAUCUAUCUGCUAUAUGAUGACUAGUACAGUUAAAACAAUCCAAUGAUCAGGAGUUUCAGGAGGAGUUGGCUAGAGGUGUCUACAAGCAUAGACAUAGUUAGUCAUAGUAAAAGUCAUAUUCCUAUCGGAUAUGGAAUUUUUUACAUGAAGAAUGUACAAAAUAGAAGUCGAGCCUUACUAUUUUUCCCUGCAAUAAUGUAUUGAGACAUUAUUGGAGGGAACCCAAAGAUGAUCUUGGAAGAUAAUUGGCUCUUGGUCUAGUCUCAUAGUAGGAAGAUUUAUUAGCCAAUUCUUGGAUCUAUCCUGCUUCUAGAUCCCUGGCUAAAGGCGCAUUGUAUUUUAGUUCCUUGUUAGUACACAGUUUCUACAGUUGUCAAAUAUUUAAGGCUUGGAUGCUCUUAACGAUAAGCAUUGAUGCAGUGACAUCCAAAUCCCUUUAAUAGGCCCCCUGCUUAUUUAAACAAUUUAAUGAAGUAUCGUUAUUUGAACACAAUAGAAAUCUGGCAUUGAUGAUCUUUAACAUGGCUAUAGCAUUAGGGAAUUUAGGUGUGUAUCAUUUCAUUCUACUGGCAUGUUGCUUUGUUGCGUAAUUUGGAGUUGGAUGUUGGCACUAGGGGUUUUUGGCGUACUUUUUAAAUAGUUUUUUGUGCAAAAAUGUCAAUUUCUUUGGCUUUCUUUUUUACUUCUUCCUAGAAGUUGAUGGUUGCAGAUGCAUUAAUUGGCAGUCAACUCAAUUUUAAUCUUUUUCAUAUAAUUAAGUUUCUAAUAUUAUUAGAUUUAGUUAGAAGUAGUAGUUUGAGGAGUUUUUCUAGCUUGGCAAUUUGUUUGUUUCCUAUCUAAUUGGAUUUACUUCCUUCUAUAAGAUCUACAGAAGUUUUUGAGAUUUUGAAAGCAGAGGUCACUUUUUCAUGUGCUCUUUCUUGCUAUUUCCUCUGCUUACCUUCACUUCAUGUUUUUGUUGUCUUUUUUCCAUUGGUUCUCUUAGUGUCUCCUUAUUUUCCUCAUUCUUAUUCUCACACUACAUCAGUUGAUAAUGGACUAGUUAUCUUGCAUGAAUACAUGCAUUAAAAAAAUGUGAGAAGCAGGUGAGAAUUUAAUCACAUUUGCAUAUGCAUUGAUAGCAAACAUAUAUUACAUGCUAAAACAAAAUGAUAAGAUACAUAAUGUACUUUUUUGAUAAAAAUGUGGUGUAAAGAAAUGAAUCACGAGUUAGUCAGAAAACAAAAAAACGUGUGUACCAAACCAUCCUCCACAAAAGGCUUAUUGUUGUUUGUUUUAUAUUGAUUGGGCUGCUUUAGGGAUCAUUAAUGUAUUCUUGCCUGUUUUGGCAGUCCAACACAAUUUUUUGUUGUUUUCUUUCUCCAGGUAGCAGAUUUUCUUUUUCUUUUUCUCAUUAUGUCAUGGAUUCCAGAUUCACACAGGUCAUAAUAAUUAAUUCUUAAAACUUGUCUUUUGUUGAUGUCACUAGAUAACUGUGAAAGGGAUGUUGUUGUAACACGUGGCUUUUGGAUUUCACUGUGAUCAGAGAGACAGAUAAUGCCAUUAUACUUUAUUCACAUGAGAUGCGGUAUGAAUGAUUAGUGGAUGAUACUCAACCCAACCUAAUUAAGCCUUAAUCUCGAAAAUUCUUCUUUUUUUUUCAGUUUUGGGCACGUUGGGGGAGGGGAGGGGGGAGGGGGGUGUAAACAUCAUUUGCUACCAGUUUGGCUGAAGGACAACAGCAUGAUAUAGCUUUGUGUUUAAUUUACAUGUCAUUUGUCAUUCCUCAUGGUAUUACAUCUUAUCUGAAAUUCAUUUUGUCAUCAAAUGUGGAUAGCUAUGAAGUACCUAGGACUCUUUUUUGUUUGCCUGUAGUUCAAAUAUAUGGUUUAGAUUAAAUCGGGUAUCCCGUAUUUCUAACACACAUGCUUUUUAUACAUCUUGUGCUUGAUGGUUCAUGACUGGAGUAGUGAAUGAAAUAUCCUAUCAAGAUUACUUGGCUUCAUUGAAGGAGAUGAGAAAAUAAAGCUGUAUGUGAUGCCAUUUUUACGAUGGCAACAGAGUGUCCUAUGAGAAUGGUAGAAAGUGAUGGACAUGGAAAGUGGUCCUCGUCUAGAGAUACUGCUGUAUUUACUUCAUCUUUGAAAAAUAUGGAAGUAGAGGAGUUGGGAAUGAUUCUAAAGGGGCAUAGAUUACAUGGAGAUCAAGCAGACAUGAUUUUAAAUCGAAGUGGUAGUGCCCCACCUAGCAUAGAAGGCUCAUUUGCAGCUAGUAGAAACCUUUUUUCACAAGAGAACCCUAGUCCGACUACAGGCUUGGCAAGUUUGGGCAGCAUAUCUGAGGAACGGUUGCUUUCUGAUCCAACUUAUUUGACAUACAAUUGUUCGAAUGUCAACUUGAAUCCAAGGCUUACUCCACCACUUAUCUCACGGGAAAAUAGGCAUUUGGUGCAUCAUAUUGGUGGGCUUGGUGAUAAUUGGAGGUCAACUUCUUUAGAUGACGGUGAUGAUGCAUCCUCACAAUUUUCACAAAGGUCCCUUUCCACUCAUAAGCAGGAGCCUGAGGAUGAUUGGUCCCCCAGAAAAGCCUUGAACCACUGGGAAGAAAAUGGUGCUAUUCUGCUGGGAAAUAACAAAGUACUGUUGAAAGGGCAACAUAAGAGUUUGGUUGAUCUGAUACAGGAAGAUUUUCCCCGCACCCCUUCUCCUGUAUAUAAUCAAUCUCGUGCGUCAGGCAGCCAUGCAACAGCAGAGGAACUAAUUGAUCAUGAUGUUCAUGCCAUUUCAUCUAAUAUUUCUUCUAUAAACAUCUCAAAAGUAUCUGAAUCAAAUUUAGACUCUGUUGAUGCUCAUAUGGAUGCACAUUCUAUGACCUUAGCAUCUGAUAAUGAUUUAUCAAGCUCAUCAGAUGCUGAUAGAACAAGGAGCUCCCCUAUACCACAAAAAGAUGACAGACGCACAAAUGAUAAUGGACUGGACGAUGAUGCUGGUGGUGUUCCACAAUCAGAUAUCCUCAGACUGGAUUCUAUAAUGAGUAAAAAGCAAGAAGAGCAACAAUCUUAUGGAAGGAAUAUGCCUCCACAAUAUCCAUCUGCUCAACAAGGCAUCCCAUAUCUAGUUCAAGGAUUCCAGGCUCAAGCAAUUUCUCAAGGGAUCAAUGAUUCACAUAGUCUUAUGGAAAAAGCUAUGCACACACAUUCUAGGUUGUCUUCGUCUGAGGUACAAUCACCAUUGCACUCUCCUGCACUUGCACCUCCAUUGUACGCAACAGCAGCUGCCUAUAUGUCCUCAGGGAAUCCAUUUUAUCCUAAUCUUCAACCAUCUAGCUUAUAUACUCCACAAUACAGUCUGGGUGGUUAUCCUCUGGGUUCUGCACUUCUUCCCCCAUUUAUGUCUGGAUACCAGUCACAUGGUACAAUUCCUGUAGCAUUUGAUGCUUCUUCUGGUCCAAGCUACAAUACUACUGCUGGUAUUUCAGCAGGAGCAACUCUUCCUCAUGGAGGUGAUAUGCGACAUCUAGGCAAGUUUUAUGGACAACAUGGACUGGUGUUGCAAACUUCUUUUAUGGAUCCUCUUCAGAUGCAAUAUUUUCAACAUCCUUUUGGGCAUACCUAUGAUGCUUCAGCUCGUCAUGCCCAUUUAAUAUCAAAUAGUGUUGGUGGUCAACCUGAAUCCUAUGCACAGAAAGAAUCAUUCACUGCCUUUCUGAGAGAUCAGAAAACUCAACUUUCAACAAAUGGGGGUGUUAGCUUGCCAAGUCCAAGAAAAGUAGGAGUUCCUGGAAGCAGUUAUUAUGGCGGUCCUACGAGCAUGAGUGUCAUGGCACAAUUUCCUGCAUCACCUCUUUCUAGCCCUCUGCUACCAACAUCAUCAAUGGCUGGAAUGAAUUAUCUAGGUAGGCAAAAUGAAAUGAAAUUUUCUCUGGGUCCAAAUAGAAGUGCAGCAGCAUAUUCUGGAUGGCAAGGCCAGAGAGGAAUCAGUACUAUUGAUGAUACGAAGAGACAUUCUUUUCUUGAAGAACUAAAAUCUAGCAACUCUCAAAAAUUUGAACUCUCUGAUUUCACUGGCCGUAUAGUCGAAUUUAGUGUUGAUCAACAUGGAAGCCGUUUUAUUCAGCAGAAACUUGAGCAUUGCAAGGAUGAAGAAAAGGCAUCUGUUUUCAAGGAGGUUAUUCAACAUGCUUUGAAAUUAAUGACAGAUGUCUUUGGAAAUUAUGUUAUUCAGAAGUUCUUUGAAUAUGGAAGUCCCGAGCAGAGGAAGGAGCUUGCUGAUCAACUUGUCCACCAGAUGUUACCUUUAAGUUUACAGAUGUAUGGUUGUCGUGUGAUACAGAAGGCCCUCGAAGUGAUAGAACUUGAUCAGAAAAUACAACUUGUGCAUGAGCUUGAUGGACAUGUUUUGAGAUGUGUUCGUGAUCAGAAUGGGAAUCAUGUAGUACAGAAGUGUAUAGAGUUUGUUCCUACAGAGAGAAUUGGGUUUAUUAUUUCUGCUUUUCAUGGUCAAGUUGCCACACUUUCAACUCAUCCCUAUGGCUGCCGUGUUAUUCAGAGAGUUUUGGAGCAUUGUCCAGAUGAGCAGCAAACUCUGUGUAUAAUAGAUGAAAUAUUAGAAUCUGCAUGUGAGCUUGCUCAAGACCAAUAUGGGAAUUAUGUCACCCAGCAUGUUCUUGAGAGGGGUAAACCCAAGGAAAGAUGUAAAAUUAUCAGCAAGUUGACUGGAAAAAUUGUACAAAUGAGUCAGCAUAAAUAUGCAUCAAAUGUUGUUGAGAAGUGUUUGGAGCAUGCUGAUACUGCUGAACGAGAGCUGUUGGUUAACGAGAUACUCGGGGAACGUGACGUAAAUGACAAUUUGCUGAUAAUGAUGAAGGAUCAGUACGCAAAUUAUGUGAUCCAGAAAAUUCUUGAAAUUAGCGAGGAUAAGCAGCGUGAGAUUUUGCUCAAUCGUGUAAAAGUUCAUCUUCAUGCAUUGAAGAAAUAUACUUACGGGAAGCACAUAGUGACCCGAUUCGAACAACUCUUUGGUGAAGAGAGUCAAGCAUCAGAGCCGGUUGGUUAGGGUGGCACCAUCUGUGUUGGCUGCUGAUUCCGGUUCUCGUGGAUGGCUUUUAGGAGGAAAGCGUGAGAUGAGAUGGCAAUCUCUAUCAUUCUUUGCAUAAAAUGAUGGCAAUUAUGGCAUUUGAUACAUAGGUAGUGGUCAGUUUGAUAUUGCAAAACUAGUAAAUAAACUCAAAAGUGUACAUCUUUCAACAGAUAUAUGUGUAAAUAUGCAUGUAUAGAAGAAGUUAACAAAUUAUGAUUCCUCAGAAUUGAUUUACAAGCAAA